UAUCACGUGGCACUUGUUGUAGAUCACGUGAGUUUGUUUUGGCUGAGUCGCGGCUCAAUAUUGCAACUUCAAUCCAUGGCAAGAAACGAGGAGAAACAACAGGGAAGACUGAACAGACUGUGGCUACAGAAAGAGAGAGAGGAGGGACGGCUUAAAGAUGUAAAUAAGCGUCGACCCAAACUGUCUACUCUCAAUUCAGCUCCGUCUGUAAAAAAGUGGAUUCCCAGCAUCAAAAGUGAGAUCGAGUAUUACCUGCAGCAAUCCCAGCUUCCUCAUUACCCGGAGAGGAAGAUAGCUGAGUUCCAGCUGCACAUCGAGGCUUUGGAAAAAGAAUACAAAAGCUUCUUACGCAAGCUACGAGCUCUAGACCCCUCAUGCAAGCACAAACCGUGGACUCCCAGAGCCUACAGCAAACGGAGAGGAGAGACUCAAGACCCACCAAAUGCUGGUAAAAACCCUCGACUUAAUGAGCUGUAUGAUGAAGGGAGCCAGAAGAGCAGAGGUGAGAGUGACUCUGCAAGCGAUUCUCCUGGAUGUUUUCGGUCCUUAGCAACAGCGGCGACCUGCAGCUUUUCAGACACCAGGCUUCACAGCCUCGUUCCCACUAGCGCCGUCUCAGAUGAAAGUUCAGUCCAGGAUCAGCCGCUCUCCUUCGACCAGACGCGACUGGCGGUGGCUGCAGCUGCGUUCAGAGGACCGGCUCUGCGCCAAAGUUCCACCCAAACACAGAACCUCGCCAGGAUGCUGCAGUCUGGCCUUCCCAACCUCAAAAUGCACUUAGUGUUGCCCGAUCAGCACUUCCUGUCUGUGGUCAUGUUGCACACCAUUGCACAUCUUGCAGUGCCCACCCUCAGCACCAGGAUGAGAAAAAAAAUGCAUUUAACAAAGUUGGACGUUCAAAACAUAACUGCACGUAAGUAUAAAAGUAACAGUGCCAAACAUUACAUUUGCAUCAUGUUUUUGAAUAUCAACAAAAUAGCUACUAAUGUGUAAUGUGCAUAUUGACAUUCACUGCAGGUGUGCCCUAAAGUGAAGCACGGUGGUGGCCACAUCAUUAUGUGGGUUUUUUUUCUUGGAGAAAAGGAAGCUGGCAGAGUUUAUAAGAAGAUUAAUGAAUUUUAACACUGGACAAACCUGAAGGGAGGAAUGCAGUUUAUUUGUGAAAGUUUAUUUAGUAAGAAUAUGCAUAUUCUUACUAAAAUAUAUGUGUAUUUAUUCUUUUGUUUCACUAAUUAUGUGCUGCUUCAUGUUGGUCUAUCACAUAAAUCCAAAUUCAAUAUAUUAAAGUGCAUUGCUUUGUCAUCACAAGAUUUCGCAUGGCACAAAUGCGUUUGCCAGGAACCUCUUAUGAAAUGGUAAUUCAUCAAAUGUGCCGUGCAAAACUAAAUAUCCGUUUUCAAAAAAAAAA